AAUUAAACAAUUGCAUCUCCCAACAGAUUUCGGAGCAUUGAAAUCCAAAAUGCCGAAAUUCCACCUGCAUUUAUUUCAUCUCCUACAAGAAAAAAGGCCCUCCUGAUUUGAGUUUGAGGAUCAGACGGCAUAUUGGUAAAAAAGGAAAAAAGAAUAGGAAAAAAAAAAGGGAGGAGAAAGAGGAUAAAAGGGAGUGAAAAGAGUGUCAGCAAACCACAAAACCACAUUAAAAGCAAACAGAGAGACAAAAACCCAUUUCUCCUCUCUCUUUGUUUCCAUCUCUCUCUCUCUCUCGCUCUCUCUCUGUGUGGGUGUGUCCUCAGCUCCUCGGCAAUCUGCACCGGCUCACAUACCAUUGCAUGAAAUACCCAGGUCAGGGAAACCAACAGAAAUCUUGUAUUUUUGCAUUGUUUCUGAUAUAUCCUUUUGUCUGCUUCUGCUCUCUUUAGAUAGAAAGGAAGAAAACCCAGGAAUCUUUUUGGUGUUUUCUCCUCAGAAAACUUCUUGUUUUUACAUGCAAUGUGUCUACACCUUCUCUCUCUAAAACCCCAUUUCAUUUCUCGCCCUCCUGCGGACUCUGCUUGUGGCAAUCGUCUUGCUUUCUCUCUGCGACCUGUCACCAUUUCCUUGCAUUCCUAGAACACCCCAAAAAACAGAUGGUGGAAUUCCCAGAAGAGGAUUCAAUCCCCUGAGCUCUUCCUCACCCAAGUGUGUCAUAAGACCCAGGUUUUCGAUCUGAUUUCGCAUCGGAAUCAUGGGUUUCUCGCGAAAUUUCAGUCUUUCAUCGCCCUCGCUAGCCACCCUUUUGGGCGAUUUCCAAGAGCUUCCACUGUCGGAGCGUGCUGCCGUGGCUAUCCAUUCGACGCUGUUCAUUCUCUUCCUGUUCUUUGUCUCAGUGAGGCGGAUUUUCACUUGUAUCGGGCGGGUCCCAAUCUUCAAGGAAAAUGGCGUGGAUUCAGGUCGAGUCGGCAGGGACAACCGGCUGCUGACAGUUGAGAUAGGUAGCGGAUUCAAAAUCGCAGUCUCCUGUUGCUUUUAUAUGCUGUUUUUGCAAGUUUUGGUAUCGGGGUUCGACAUUGCCACUUCAGUGAAAGCCGAAGAGAAUGUUAGGAACUGGUCUGUUCUUUACUUGCCAUCGGUGCAAUUACUAGCUUGGUUUGUUUUGAGCAUUUCGGCAUUUCAUUGUAAAUUCAAGGCUUCUGAGAAAUUCCCUUUGUUGCUGAGAAUAUGGUGGCUUGUGUCCUUUGGCAUCUGCAUUUGCACUGUGUAUGUCGAUGCUAAGGGGCUGAUUUAUGGGUCCAGUAGCUUGAAUUCCCAUGUCUUGUCGAAUUUCGCAGCGACCCCAGCUCUUGCGUUUCUCUGCUUUGUUGCGAUCCGUGGCAUUACGGGUAUAGAAAUAUGUAGAAACCACGAUCUUCAAGAGCCAUUGCUUGAAGAAGAAGCAGGCUGUCUUAGGGUUACCCCUUAUAGUGAGGCAGGGCUUUGGAGUCUUACCACCCUCUCUUGGCUGAACCCUCUAUUGUCAAUCGGUGCAAAGAGGCCGCUCGAGCUCAGAGACAUCCCUCUCUUAGCACCCAAAGAUCGGUCGAAGACUUCAUAUAAGAUCUUGAACUCGAAUUGGGAGAAAUUGAAGGCCGAGAACCCUUCGAAGCAGCCCUCUUUGGCUUUGGCGAUUUUCAGGUCAUUUUGGAAGGAAGCGGCCUGGAAUGCAAUCUUCGCUGGGUUGAAUACUCUUGUUUCUUAUGUGGGUCCCUAUUUGAUCAGCUAUUUCGUCGACUAUUUGAGCGGCAACAUAGCCUUUCCUCAUGAGGGCUAUAUUCUGGCGUCGAUCUUUUUUGCUGCUAAGUUAGUGGAGACUAUAACCACCCGGCAGUGGUAUUUAGGAGUCGACAUCUUGGGCAUGCACGUGAGGGCGGCCCUGACAGCUAUGGUGUAUCGGAAAGGUCUUAAGCUUUCGAGCACGGCCAGGCAGAGUCAUACUAGUGGCGAGAUUGUAAAUUACAUGGCGGUCGAUGUGCAGAGAGUAGGUGAUUAUUCAUGGUACCUCCAUGAUAUAUGGAUGCUCCCUUUGCAAAUCAUUCUUGCGUUGGCGAUUCUAUAUAAGAAUGUUGGCAUUGCAUCGGUUGCAACACUGAUUGCCACCAUUGUGUCCAUCCUCAUUACCAUCCCUCUUGCAAAGAUGCAAGAGGAUUAUCAAGAUAGAUUAAUGACAGCCAAGGAUGAUCGCAUGAGGAAGACGUCGGAGUGUUUGAGGAACAUGAGGAUUCUCAAGUUGCAGGCUUGGGAGGAUCGGUACCGUCUGAUUCUGGAAGAUAUGAGGGGUGUGGAAUUCAAGUGGCUCCGGAAAGCCCUCUAUUCACAAGCAUUUAUAACUUUCAUCUUCUGGGGCUCCCCUAUUUUUGUUUCGGUUGUCACUUUUGCAACGUGUAUAUUGUUGGGCGGGCAGCUCACAGCGGGAGGCGUCCUUUCGGCAUUGGCCACUUUCAGGAUCCUCCAAGAGCCACUCAGGAACUUCCCGGACCUUGUCUCGAUGAUGGCUCAAACAAAGGUGUCCUUGGAUAGGAUUUCGGGAUUCUUGCAAGAGGAAGAAUUGCAGGCAGAUGCCACUAUUGUUCUUCCUCGAGGGCUCACAAACACAGCAAUAGAAAUUGUUGGUGGUGAGUUUUGCUGGGAUCCUUCCUCACCCAGGCCAACGCUCUCGGGAAUACAGAUGAAAGUCGAACGGGGCAUGCGCGUGGCUGUCUGCGGUGUGGUUGGUUCUGGGAAGUCAAGCUUCCUUUCUUGCAUCCUUGGGGAGAUACCCAAGAUCUCCGGCGAAGUUAGAAUAAGUGGUUCUGCAGCUUAUGUCUCUCAGUCAGCCUGGAUACAGUCAGGAAACAUAGAGGAAAAUAUUCUUUUUGGCAGCCCGAUGGAUAAGACGAGAUACAAGAAUGUUAUCCAUGCAUGCUCUUUGAAGAAGGACUUGGAGCUGUUCUCGCAUGGAGAUCAGACAAUCAUUGGAGACAGAGGCAUAAAUCUCAGUGGCGGACAGAAACAAAGGGUGCAGCUUGCAAGAGCACUCUAUCAAGAUGCAGAUAUUUAUUUACUUGAUGAUCCCUUCAGUGCAGUCGAUGCGCAUACAGGGUCAGAGCUAUUUAAGGAAUACAUAAUGACGGCAUUAGCUACAAAGACCGUGAUCUUCGUCACCCAUCAAGUGGAGUUUUUGCCCGCGGCUGAUCUGAUCCUGGUCCUUAAAGAUGGUCGUAUAAUACAGGCUGGAAAAUAUGAUGAUCUUUUGCAAGCUGGAACUGACUUCGAUGCUUUAGUCUCAGCCCACCAUGAAGCAAUUGAGGCUAUGGAUAUCACCGAGCACAUAUCGGAAGAUUUGGCUGGGUCCACAAUUACAUUUAAUAAAAGAAUUCAGUCCACGCCAAGCAAUAUUGAUAGUUUGGUGAAAGAAAUGCCAGAUAAUGCAUCAUCAUCUGAUAAGGCAGUGAUCAAGGAAAAGAAGAAAGCAAAGCGUGCAAGGAAAAAACAGCUUGUUCAGGAAGAGGAACGGGAAAGAGGAAGAAUUAGCUUGAAGGUGUAUUUAUCAUAUAUGGCUGCUGCAUAUAAAGGACUGUUGAUUCCGUUAAUUAUCCUCGCCCAAACAGCAUUUCAGGUGCUCCAGAUAGCCAGCAAUUGGUGGAUGGCCUGGGCAAAUCCACAAACCAAAGGAGACUCACCAAAGACAAGCAGUAUGGUUCUUCUUGUCGUUUACAUGGCCCUUGCUUUCGGGAGCUCGUGCUUUGUAUUUGUUAGAGCUGUCCUUGUAGCUACAUUUGGUUUAGCCGCUGCGCAGAAGUUGUUCAUUAAGAUGCUUAGAAGUGUCUUUCGGGCACCAAUGUCUUUCUUUGACUCGACUCCGGCAGGAAGGAUCUUGAAUCGUGUGUCUGUAGAUCAAAGUGUUGUCGAUCUUGAUAUUCCUUUUAGACUUGGUGGAUUUGCAUCAACAACAAUCCAACUUCUCGGCAUAGUUGGUGUAAUGACAAAGGUUACGUGGCAAGUCUUGCUCCUAGUCAUUCCAAUGGCCAUUGCUUGCUUGUGGAUGCAGAAAUACUACAUGGCUUCAUCAAGGGAACUCGUCCGCAUUGUGAGCAUCCAGAAGUCUCCAAUCAUCAAUCUCUUCGGGGAGUCGAUUGCUGGAGCAGCUACAAUUAGAGGCUUUGGGCAAGAAAAACGGUUCAUGAAGAGGAACUUAUAUCUACUCGACUGCUUCGCUCGCCCGUUUUUCUGCAGCCUUGCCGCUAUUGAAUGGCUUUGCUUGCGCAUGGAAUUGCUAUCUUGUUUCGUUUUUGCUUUCUGCAUGGGUCUUCUCGUGAGCUUUCCACAAGGGAGCAUUGAUCCAAGUAUGGCAGGCCUUGCUGUGACUUAUGGACUCAAUUUGAAUGCCCGUCUGUCACGGUGGAUAUUGAGCUUCUGUAAACUUGAAAAUAAAAUUAUUUCCAUUGAACGUAUUCAUCAGUACUGCCAACUCCCUAGUGAAGCUCCACCCGUUAUUGAGAACUGUCGCCCUCCAUCUUCAUGGCCAGAGCAUGGAACCAUUGAACUGACUGAUGUGAAGGUUCGGUACAAGGAGAGCCUUCCUGUGGUCCUUCGUGGUGUAACCUGCACAUUUCCAGGAGGGAAGAAGAUUGGGAUUGUGGGCCGCACCGGCAGUGGUAAAUCUACUUUGAUCCAGGCUUUGUUUCGCCUGAUUGAACCUGAGGCUGGGAAAAUCAUCAUAGAUGACAUUGAUAUCUCUACGAUCGGCCUUCAUGAUCUACGUUCCCGUCUUAGUAUCAUACCACAAGAUCCGACUUUGUUUGAAGGAACCAUUCGGGGAAAUCUUGACCCCCUCGAAGAGCAUUCAGAUCAUGAAGUGUGGCAGGCUCUUGAUAAGUGUCAGCUUGGAGAAACAAUCCGCAAAAAGGAACAAAAGCUUGAUACUCCAGUGUUAGAGAAUGGAGAUAAUUGGAGCGUUGGCCAGCGGCAGCUUGUUUCACUGGGCAGGGCUUUGCUGAAACAGGCAAGGAUAUUGGUACUUGAUGAGGCAACGGCCUCAGUCGACACGGCCACUGAUAAUCUUAUUCAGAAGAUCAUCCGAACAGAAUUUAGAAACUGCACUGUCUGUACCAUUGCACAUCGUAUCCCUACUGUCAUCGAUAGCGAUCUCGUUUUGGUCCUCAGUGACGGUAAGUACAUCAGUUUACCAAAUCUCAAGAUAAUCAAACCAUGGUAGAGUUGCAGAGUUUGACAGUCCGCUGCGACUGCUAGAGGAUAAGUCAUCCAUGUUUAUGAAGCUGGUAUCCGAGUAUUCCACGAGGUCAAGUAGUGUAUCAGACGCUUAAAUUUUGACUACAUGCCCUUCAAGAAAAGCUAUGCAGAUUACUGAUACGGAGCGACCCCAUCACACUAACUUCUCCCAAUGAAUGAAUCAGCUGGUUCAGCAGCUGAGAAUGACGGGAGAAUGUAUGCAUUGUGUUAUAUAACAAGCCCAAGAAGGAAGAAAGAAAAUGCGAAAGCUUGAUAUCUGUUUAUAAGAGUCGCCUUCUUUCGGCAUAUCAUUGGAUGUAAUCUGUAUAUAACUAAUGAACUAAGUCUGUAAGGGUAAAUUCAAAAUGAUGAUGUUGGAAGAAGAGAUGGGCGGUCGACCAUUUUCCGUCCUACACGAAAUAAAGCAAUUUUGACAUCACCAGCGGCGGAUGUUUCUGCCUA